AUGGCAAAAGAUCUCCCUGGAGGACAUUUCAUCCGAAGAAGGGAUGUUAACUCACGAUCUCUACUAGAAAAUACUUGCAACAACAAACGUUUGGACCUUGUCUUCAUCAUUGACAGCUCUCGCAGCGUACGUCCUUACGACUUUGAAAAAGUGAAGGAGUUCAUUUUAACCAUCUUGCAGUUUCUGGACAUCAGUCCUGAUGCCACCCGCGUAGGUCUGAUUCAGUACGGCAGCACAGUCAAGCACGAGUUUUCACUGAAGACAUUCAGGAGGAAGCAGGAUAUUGAAAGAGCAGUAAAGAGGAUGAUGCACCUGGCAACUGGCACCAUGACUGGGCUGGCUAUUCAGUAUGCAGUGAACAUUGCAUUUUCAGAGUCAGAAGGAGCUCGGCCUCUGAAGCAGAAUGUGCCCCGAAUUAUCAUGAUAGUGACAGAUGGGAGACCUCAGGAUCCAGUGGCAGAGAUUGCCGCUAAAGCGCGUAACUCGGGGAUCCUGAUUUUCGCCAUUGGAGUUGGCAGAGUAGAUAUGAACACGUUGAAGUCCAUUGGGAGUGAACCGCAUGAAGAGCAUGUGUUUCUGGUUGCUAAUUUCAGUCAGAUUGAGACACUGACCUCUGCCUUCCAGACUAAACUUUGUGUGACCCAUAUGUGCAGUACAGUUGAGCAUCACUGUGAUCACUUCUGCAUAAACACCCCUGGCUCCUACGUAUGCAAAUGUAAACAAGGAUACAUUCUGAAUGCUGACCAGAAGACUUGCAGCACUCAGGACCUUUGUGCUGUGGAGAAACAUGCCUGUGAGCAGAUUUGUGUGAACACACCUGGCUCUUACGUCUGUCAGUGUUAUGAAGGGUAUGAGCUUGAUGCAAAUGGAAAGAAUUGUGUUGUUGUAGACUACUGUGCUUUGGAUAACCAAGGUUGCCAACAUGAAUGUGUUAACACUGGGGACUCCUAUUACUGUAGAUGCCGCCCAGGGUUCAUUUUAAAUCCAGACAAAAGAACUUGCAGAACACCCAGAGAAGAAGAGCAAAGCAGAUCCUGUGACAGUAACCAGGCUCAGUCCAGUGAUCACCAGGCAAGUCCACAGUGUCAAGAAAUGCCUAAGGUCGAUUCAGGAAAUCAAGUCAGCCGGUCGGGAUCAGCAAAAUGCAAGGCUAG